UGAAAAUCAGCUGUGUAAUUUCAACCUGUCAGUAGUUUACUCAUAUGCCUGACAUUAACAGCUAGAACGGAAAGAAUUGAGCAAUUCAAUUGUAGUUUGCAAAUUUUCAACAAAAUUUUAAAUUGCAAAGAGUCAUUUAUAUUAAAAAAAGAACUAACAAGUGUGUUGUGAAGUGUGAGAGGGAGAAGACAAAAAAUAAAUAAAAUAAAAAUGCAACGCAUUAAAAACAGUAGUUUUGCUCUCUACCUUUUUAUUGCCACAGUGGGUUGGAGUCAGGCCAAUGUAAAUAGAGACGAUUUGUUUCCAUUGGCCAUUGUGCAUAUCAAUGAUUUUCAUGCAAGAUAUGAGCCUACGGAUCCAUCAGGAGGCACAUGUGGACAAAAUGAGAUAUGCAUUGGUGGCUAUGCUCGCACCGUGUACACGGUCAAACGUCUGCUGGAGGAACAAAAAGAUAAAAAUGUGGUCUAUUUCAAUGCUGGCGAUAGUUUUCAGGGGACAUUGUGGUAUAACAUAGGCAGAUGGAAUGUUACCAGUCAAUUUCUUAAUAUGUUGCCUGCGGAUGCUAUGACAUUGGGCAAUCAUGAAUUCGAUCAUGGCGUUGAAGGUUUGGUGCCAUUUUUACAACAUAUACAAAGUCCCAUGCUGGUGGCUAACAUGGAUGUCAGCAAGGAACCCAGCUUAUUGGGUCUCUACCAAAACUCUACCAUAAUUGAAAGAGGCAAUAGGAAGAUAGGAGUCAUUGGAGUGAUAUUGGAAACAACUUAUGAUCUUGCCAACACCGGUGAGGUGAUUUUCCUUAAUGAAAGCCUGACCAUUUUGGAGGAAGCUGCCAAGCUUAAAGCCCAAGGUGCCAAUAUUAUCAUUGUCUUAUCGCAUUGUGGCUAUGACGUUGACCAAGUGAUAGCAGCAAAUGCGGGCUCUGAGAUUGAUGUCAUUGUGGGUGCCCAUUCCCAUACCUUUUUAUAUACAGGCGAUACUCCACCGGGGCCGGAUAAACCUGGUGGCGACUAUCCCACAGAAGUUAUUCAUGCUUCGGGACAUCGUGUUCUCAUAGUUCAGGCUGCAGCAUAUGCCAAAUAUGUGGGUAAUAUUACGGUGUAUUUUGACAAUGAAGGCAAUGUGGUGGACUUUGAGGGUGCACCAAUAUAUAUGGCGGCAGAUGUACCUGAAGAUCCCGAAGUGUUGGAGGCCAUUAAGCCCUGGAAGGAAAUAGUCGAUGCCAAAGGCCAUGUUAUAAUAGGGCACACUGCAGUGGAUCUUUUAAAAGACCCCUGUGACAAAGAAGAGUGUAAUCUGGGCAAUUUUUUCACCGAUGCCCUAGUUCAUGCGUUUUUGAAUUUAGCUCCCUAUAAUGAGGAAAACUGGUCGUUGGCCCCCAUAGCUUUGGUUAAUAAUGGAGGCUUGCGGGUACCUCUGCAUCGAGGCAAUCUGACGUACUCCCACAUGGUCACCAUGUCACCUUUUGAAGGUACAUUGAGUGCCUUUGAUUUGCCUGGUGAACAAUUACUGGAGGCUUUGGAAUUUGCUGUUAGUAAAAUCGAUUUGGAUAAUGGUAUUACCACUUCGGUUCCUUUUCUACAAGUUGCUGGCUUAAAAAUUACCUAUGACUAUAAGAGACCAGUAAAUGAAAGAGUCGUGGGACUCAAAGUUCGUUGUGGUGCUUGUCGUUUACCCAGCUAUGAGCCUUUGAACAAAACCUCCAUAUAUCGCAUAGUGGCUUCAAACUUUUUAUUAAAUGGUGGAGAUGGUUUUCAUAUGCUCGAAAAGCAUGCCACUAAUAUUAAGCCUUAUAUAACCGAUUUGGACGCUUUGUUGGCAUACACAGAACAGGUUACACCCAUCUAUACGGGAUUGCAAGGUCGUAUUAAGGUGGUGUAGAGAUUAUAAACAAAUAAAAAUGAAUAAAAGAAUAAA